GUGGCCCUUCCUAAUUCUCAGAACUCGGAUGUGAUGGCUGGAGCUGAAGCGUUCAUCUUGCAAAUGUGAGGGAAAAAUGAAGAUCAUUUCAGAGCCCCUGGUCCUGAUGUCCUUGAGCCACCAAACCAGUGUCAGAGAUCACCUAGCUCUAGACUUGUUGUUACAGAAGAGAAAUGAACUCACCUCUUGUUUGUGCUUCUCUUACUAUAGUUUUCUGUUAUAUUCAGCCAGACUCGCUUGCUGACGGACCCUGGCAGUGCGUUGUUCGGGAUGUGUUCGGAUGCAAGGAAACAUGACGUCCACUCAGUUCUGUCCCAGAUGCACCGAAGAAUUCGAGACCGGAGCCCAGAAUGGGGAGGGAGAGUUGACCGAGUAGAGGGAGAACUCGACGCCAAUGUCCUAUUCGACAGAGACCGCAGCAACCUGUAUGCCUCGCGGACGGCAGAGGGGAGCUUCGGAAAAUUCAUUCCACGUGUGACGGGAGACCCCCAACUGGGGGAAUGGACGCGAGAACUGGAAGAUGCACUCCCCGAAGACCCGGGCGCCUGCUGCUGUCUCCCUCUGACGUCCGUGGCACGAGGCUUUGUCACGUGCGGCCACGGCCUGGCUGACACGGAGCGCCAGUGCCCAGACGCUGCGAAGGCACUUGUCGUCUCCCUGCGGCUCCAGUGCGACCGUCUGUCCUGUCUUUUCAUUUCCUGCAUCAGCACCCCCCGCCCCGACCCACCGCCCCCGGAGGGUCUGGGCUGCCUCUCCCCGCGUCCUCACAAGCACCAGGGGAGGCGAUGGUUAGUGCAGCUGACGGGUGACCAGCUCCGGUGGGGCGCAGACCUGACCUUCCUGCCCCCCUGGUCGUGGGGCAGGACCCGACAGCUAGUUCUGGCCCGUGAGCGGGAGUGAGUACGUCGUUCCUGGGUUGGGGCAUCGAAUAGCCUGUGUGUGACUUUCUAGAAUCCCCCGCUGAAGUAAUCAUGGAAGCAGAAGUGAAUUUGGAGCCCCCCCAUAGGCUCAGACCCCCGAGUGGCUGGAGGGACCAGAAUGGCCCUGCCCACCUGCAAAGUCAUGGAGCAGGAGGGACACAUAAGUCUGUUUUGAGCCUGAGGUUGGUAAGCCACGGCCUGCAGUCCAAAUCUGGCUCGCUACCUGUUCUUUAAAUGAGGUUUGCCUGGGACACAGCUUGCCCGCUCGUUCAUGGGUUAUCUGUGGCCGCUGUUUUGCUGCAAUGACAGAGUUGAAUAGUUGUCACAGAGACCCUGUGGGUCACAAAGCCUCACAUAUUUCCCAUCUGGCCAUUUACAUACAGAGUUUAUCAGCCGUGUUUUCAGCCACUGCCUUUUUGUGACUGGUUCUUACCACAGCCUAACCAGCCUCUCCCGGUGGCUUACAGAGCACAGUCUUUAAAGCUUGUUAAUCUCGUGGGCUAAAAAAAAAUAGCGUUACGUUAUGUUUAGUUUACAUUUCUUUGAUUAUUCCUGGAGUCCCACCAUUUUCCAUUUGUUCAGUGGCCGUAUUUCUCUUUUGACUGUUGAUACUCGUUGCCAUUUUUUUCAUGAAGGGCUGAGUGAUUUUCCUCUUGAUCUGGUUGAGUUCUCAAAGGAGGGAGGGUAUUAGUCGUUUGUAGCUUACAUUUGAUUUAUUCUACCGAGUCUCAGUUUAGGAAAGAAAUAGUCCCUUCCCUCCAGAAGUUGGAUGAAUACUCAGUUAUAUUUGCUUUAGUCUUUGUAUUGGGUUUAAAAGCAUAUUUUAAUCCAGCAGCAGUCUUAGCACAAGGGAGAGGGUAAGGGAUGGGGUGGGAUGCUUGUCUCAAACUAUUUGUCACUCAGCUUCCCCUCACCCAUCGUGUUUUUGAUGCUUACCUCUUGUAGUUUGAUAAGUUCUUCUGUAUUGAAAUGGCCCAUGUUAAGGCUAGUUUUUCUGUCGCACGGAUUAUCCUGAUUAUUGUCGCAAAAUGCUUUCCUCAUAGUUUCACGGUUUACACGUGAAAACGCAAGCGUGAAGGUCUCACGUGUGCACACAGUCGACCGUACAGAGAGGGCUGUCGCCACAGUGAGGCAGUACCCGUCGUAGAAACAGCCCGGGAGGCAAGAAAAACUCUUAAGACGUUAAGAGCUACAAUGUUUGUCCGAAGCGGUUUUACGGUUUUCUCCAUCUUUCCAGUUCUGGCCAUUUUCACAAUCUUCUCAUAUGCACAAUAAUGGAAAACUAAUUUAUUUUGUGGGAAAAACCGCAUCCCAGGAUGGAACCUCGCUCUCCGAAUGCCUUUGCCUGCCUGCGCUGUUGACUGCCGUCGUGAGAGUUCUGCCGCGCGUCUGGAACGCUCCUGCCUUUUAAUUUCUCCGCGGCCGUUUCCUAUCUUGCCAGGAGCUGCCGCGGUCACCCCCUUAGCUACUCACACAAAG